CUCUAAUCACAUUAUCAUCUGGACAAGUUCAAGAAGCAACCGGUUAUAGCAUCGCAGCAGUAUUCACACCUCCACAAUAUCGACACAAAGGUUAUGGCUCGACAAUGAUGAAAUUACUUUCCGAUAAAUUAAGAUUUGAUUUUAAAGCUGAGUUUUCAUUUUUGUAUUCUGCCAUUGGUCCAGAAUUUUAUAGCAGACUUGGAUGGAAGGCUUAUCCUCUCAAGGAAGCUAUAUUUAAGGUUGACAAUAAUUUCACUACACUUUCAGAAAAUGAGGCUUCAGACUUUCAAGCUAAUCAUUUAUUAGCC